GGCGGCGCGGGGCGGCCACGGGGCUGCCGCCGCUGCCUCCCCUCACCGCAGGCACUGCCGGCGCGGAGCGGAGCGGGCCGGGCCGGGCCCGCCCGGGCCCGCCCGGCCGCCGCGGCCACCACCGCCACCAUUCCGCCCCUACCCUCUCGCUGCCGCCGGCCCCCAGCUGCCACCAUGCAGGAGCUCAUCGCCAGCGUGGACCACAUCACGUUCGACCUGGAGCUGGCCGUGGAGCAGCAGCUGGGGGCGCAGCCGCUGCCCUUCCCUGGCAUGGACAAAUCGGGCGCGGCUGUCUGUGAGUUCUUUUUAAAGGCGGCAUGUGGAAAAGGGGGCAUGUGCCCGUUCCGACACAUCAGUGGGGAAAAGACAGUUGUUUGUAAACACUGGCUGCGAGGACUGUGCAAAAAGGGAGACCAGUGCGAGUUUCUGCACGAGUAUGACAUGACCAAGAUGCCUGAGUGUUACUUCUACUCCAAAUUUGGGGAAUGCAGUAACAAAGAAUGUCCAUUCUUGCACAUUGACCCGGAGUCUAAGAUCAAAGACUGUCCCUGGUAUGACAGAGGCUUCUGUAAACACGGUCCCCUCUGCAGACACCGGCACACUCGGAGAGUCAUUUGUGUGAAUUACCUGGUAGGAUUCUGCCCAGAGGGACCUGCCUGUAAAUUCAUGCACCCUCGGUUUGAACUGCCAAUGGGAACCACAGAGCAACCACCACUGCCUCAGCCGACACAAACACAGCAAAAGAGGACACCCCAAGUCAUUGGAGUCAUGCAGUCUCAAAACAACAACAGUGGCAACAGAGGACCCCGGCCCCUGGAGCAAGUCACCUGCUACAAGUGUGGAGAAAAAGGUCAUUAUGCCAACAGAUGCACCAAAGGACAUCUGGCCUUUCUCAGUGGACAGUGAAGGAGCAGAAGGUGCAAGGUUGCUGUUGCCGCUGAGGAAAGGUUUCUGCCUAGCACCAUGUCUGGAGCUAUUAAUCAGGUUGUUUUUUAAUGCCAUUACUGAAAGAACUGGUCAGAGGCUGGCUGCUGCUAAGCAACGUUUUUGUAAUUGUCUCCAAUUUUUUUUAAGUUUUAACCUUUUUCAAGCCGAUUUUGACCUCUGCCUGUUUUCAUUGAGCCCUGAUGAAAGGCAGAUCUAAAAGCCAGUAGAUAAACCAACCCCUUACUGGUGCAGCACCCCGGGUAAACACAUCUUAGGCCAGUGUUUCUUUGAAGUAUUUUCCUUCUGCCACUUCUUUUUGGAGAACCUACAGCGUUUCAGCCUUCCCUGUGGAAGCAGGAAGACUGACUGGGAAAAUUUAAACACUUGCAAUGCCUUCUCCUCAGUGAGAAACAGGGAUUCUGCUGUCCUGUAGCUCCUAAACAGCAAAGUCAUGUUUCCAGGCCCAGCCUGGUAAAGCUUGUCCUGAUGGCUGACUUAACACUUCAAGUACAUCAGGCAGUAAAACUCGUGUCCACUCACUUUGUUUCUGUGCUUCUUGCUGUACUGAAGGUUAGAAAUUAAUCUUCAGGGUGAGAACCAAUCAAGGGGAGAAUAAAUUGGCAAAAUCUCUCGGCCAGACAGUAAGGAACAGGACAAAAAUCCUAAUAGGAAAGCUGCAUCUGUGCUCAGUUUCCAUUUGCAAAAAGCAAGGAGGGAAAUGAGCAUGUCUUGAAAGUACGAAUAGAAGAGCCUUCUCUCAGCCCCCCAUCAUCCAGCUCACACUGAGCAGGGAUUCCCACAGCCUAGAGAAGAGCACGAAGUGGAGCUGUAUCUUCUAUGGAACACUGCUUUUAAAAGUGGUAGAGAUUUCUUUUGAGAGCAAUUUUUUUGCAAACCCAAACCCCAUUUGUUUUGAGAAGACUUAUUUUGAAAGGGCCAAUGACAAAAAAUGUAUUAAAAAAAAGAAAAAAACCCACAUUUCCCCCCCAGUGUGAGCCUUACUGACUCGACCCCAUCUCUCGUUUGCUGCCUGCCUUUAUACUUUGUUUUUAUUGAAAUGUACUGAUGGCAAAAGCUGGCUGUGAAUUUAUUUUUCUUUAAGAACAAGGUGAUCUGGCUUGAUCUGAUUAAGAGAAGUGAAGAGCCUGUGCUGGUGUGAAUGACUGGGUUAUUUCACUGUGCAGUCACUGCAAGUUUCAAGUCUAAGGUCAGACACUCUUUGUAACACUUUGUGCCCCCAGAGGCUGAACAGUGGCCAGGCUGAGAUGUGUGAGCUUAUACCCACUCAGAAGGACCUCCCAGCUUUAGCAGUGAAAGCAGGUAGAGUUUUGACAGAAAUUCUGGGUUAUCUGAGGCAAGGAGCAUUACAAUCCCAGUGACAGAAUGAGAGUUGCAGACCUGUCUCAUCUCAGACAGUGCUCUGCAAUGAUGGAAAACUGCCCAAAUACCUACAGAGCCUGGAGACAGCCUUAGAACUAGAAACACCAACAUGCCACCUAAAGCUCAGACAUUCUUUCAAAUCAAAACACAUCCUCUCAGCCAGGAACGGCCAGGAGGAAGCGCUUAGUUUUAUCAACCAGGAAAUCAGUGGCAAUAGUUCUCCCAGUUCAUAAUGCAGUCCAAGGAGCAGAUGCUUUCCCAACCACCUCUGAACCUACCCUGAGGGGUGAAACUCCGAGAAUGCACAGUACAAUUAACAACUCAAUUAAGGAGAGUGUCAGCUCAGAAAACGUAAAGUGUAAGCACUUUAUUAUUGGUCACAACAGCACAGAUUCAACAUGAAUAGUUGUGAUGUCUUCUGUCAGGGUAACUGUGCCAGCAGCCAGGGCUGUUCAGGAGCUGUACCUUCACCUUCUGACACUGAUGGUGCCUCAGUGGUAUUUCCUGCGCCGGUCGUGCUCUGCAGCAAAGCACAGCAAGUUAAUUUUCCUCAAGUCACAAGGAAAAAAAAACCACCACACCUGAAAUUACAGGCAAGAAAGCACUCUGAAAAACUCCCUGAACAUGUAUUUUCUAAGUCCUGUCAGGUCAGACAGGCACCAAGACCUAAACAUUCUUCAUUGCCAAGAAAAUACUGGCCAGCUGGUAAUGUACCAAGUAAACAAUCAGGGUUUCUAUGCUAAGUUUGUUUACCCACAAUCUUUCAUUUUAUUUUUAAAAGCAGCAGCAGGCUGUUUUUAUUACCCCAAGCAACCUUCCAAGCUGCCCUGCACACACAGAGAGCCUUGUUUUUACUUACUGAUGUGACUGUAGCUCCAGAUGUAGCUGAGAACAACAUACCCAGCCAGCACCAUGGAGAUACCCCCGAGGCCCCCCUUCUUCACAUUGAUGUAUUUGUUGUAGUAUCUGUCAUAACCUGGGGAGGAGGAAGAGUUUUCAGAGUAGCCAGAUGAGCUGUGGGCUUUCCUGAGUCAGAAAGAAGCGUCCUGGAUUCACAGAACUUAAGGAAAUUGUUUCUAAUGAAACACAUCUGAAAGUCUCAGAAGUAAGUCUGGGAGGAGGCAACCUGUGCAUCAGUUGAGCAAGGUGAUCUCAAGUUAAUAGCCCUAAGCCUUAAAAAAAAAAAAAAAGGGGGAAAAAAAGCCAUUUAUCAUUUUUUCCCUAAACAUUGUGACUUUCAUGAGCUCAAGCUACUUAGGAGUUAUCUAAUUCUUUCAUACUGGUGUACGUACGUUAUGCAGACAUUUGCAUUUGAUAUGUUGUGUUUAAAUCUACUUUGAUGAGUUCAA